AUGUCAACUAUGGUAAGCCGAGCGGUGAAGCGAUUCUCGACACCGCAUCGAUUGCUGCUGAGUGGUAGUCCAAUGCAAAAUUCCCUGAAAGAAUUAUGGUCCUUGUUCGAUUUUAUUCUACCUGGCAAAUUGGGUACCCUACAUGUAUUUCUGGAACAUUGCGCAGCUCCCAUAACGCGAGGCGGUUAUGCGAACGCCACACCGUUGCAGGAAGCAACUGCCCUCCAAGUAGCCACUAUGUUGAAGAACACUAUCACGCCGUACAUGCUUCAAAGUACAAAGACCGAUGUAAAGCAUCAUCUGACUCUACCACAGAAAAAUGAGCAGGUAUUAUUCUGCAGUUUAACGGAUGAGUAGAAAAAAUUGUAUAAAAAGUAUCUGUGCUCCAAUGAUGUGUUUUUUUUUCUUCACGAGAGAAAUACUUAUCGCGACAUUGGAAGAUAUAGAGCAAGAUUUCUCAUUGCCUUAUCAGCAUUAAGAAAGAUAUGCAAUCAUCCAGACUUAUUUUUAUAUACUAGAGAACAAGAUUCUGAUGAAGAUAUCGAUUUGUCCAAAGAAACUUUAGAGAAGUUUGGUUAUUGGAAACGUUCUGGAAAAAUGACAGUGGUUCGAUCUCUUUUGAAAAUCUGGCAGAAGCAAGGACACAGGAUGCUACUUUUUACUCAGGGAAGACAGGACACGUCGUAUUUCGUGUUCCUGCUGACGACGCGCGUAGGAGGCCUGGGAGUAAAUCUGACUGGGGCGAAUCGAGUGAUCAUUUACGAUCCUGAUUGGAAUCCAGCCACGGAUGCUCAAGCGAAGGAACGCGCAUGGAGAAUAGGCCAGAAUAAACAAGUCUAUAGGUUAAUUACCGCUGGUACGAUCGAGGAGAAGGUUGGUACCAGCAGAUUAACAUGUUUCACCAAUUUUAAAGAAAGAUGUUACACAAUGCAUUUAUAAUAUUUAUAAGAUUUGAUCAGUCGAGUAACAAUAAUCUGCCUCUUUUCAAAUAUAUCACAGACAGAUUUUCAAGUUACUGCUUUCGAACAAAGUUCUUGACGUACUAAAUCAACGUCGCCUAUUCAAAACGACGGAUCUGGUGGAACUGUUCAAUCUGAAUGUGCCGAUGGACGGCGAGUUUUCCGAAUCGGAUCGCUUAUUUAAAAAAUCUAAGUUGACACUCAGUGGCUUUUCGUGAACGUUUAAAAUUUUUAUGAAGAUAUAUAAUGUUGAAAGAGAGCAAAUAGAAUCAUCGCGAGCAAAGUUUAUAAUUCCAUGGUAAAAGACAUAGAAGAAAAUUUUACAAUAAGGUGAAAUAAGAGUUUCCUUCUAGACAUAUUGUAUCUAGCGUUUGAUGAUAAAACCAAUGGCAAGAGCGUCAUUUAAUUCUGUUACAUAAAAAUUUUUAUUUUACGUAAAUAUUAAAAAAUUCAAACGUACAAAAUUAAGAAUAAUAAAAGUUCAGUGAAGGCUUCCUUUUCUAAAUUAAUAAUAUCUAAUGUUCAUGUGGUUUAAGUGUACUUUUUCCACGAACAUUUCAAUAGUCUUAAUAACGCUAUGUGACUGAAUUAUGACAUAUUAAGAUUGUACUUAAGACAAUCUUAAAUAUAAAAAUGGAUUAUGAAUACCAGCCUUAAUUGUAAUUUUGUUAUUCUUAAGGGUUUUCUUUAUUUUUGUUAUUUUAUCAUCUAGAAUCAUUCUUUAAAUUUUUUCUUACCUAUUGUUCCAUAUGCAGGAUAAAGAAAUAAAGUUAUGUUUGAUUCUGUUAUAAUAAAUACAUCUAUACACGUACACACUAGACAAAUACAUUAUAUAUGUAUGUUUAAUCUUGAAUAAUUGUCCAUCUUUAUAAACUUAUAUAUAAACUGAAUAAAGAAUUUUUUAUGAAUAUAUAUGUAUGUACAUUCUAUAUAUGUAUGUACAUAUAUAGAAAAUAUUUGAAGAAACUUCCGCAUUAGUGAAAAUCUUCAUCCGCUAAGUGGGAACGUUAGAUAAUUAAAAGAGAAAAUAAUAUGAGAGGGUUAUCUUCAUCCUUAUCUAAUGUUGGACGCGCAUUGAGCUGAAUGUAGCUGACAAGUGAGGAGCUAUCUCUUUCUCUCGCAUCGAGACUAUUGAGGGGUCUCUCAUUUUCUGUCUCCUUCUAUUAGCUUACGCAUUUGUGGCUACCUUUUUCACUCUAUAUACAAUCUCUUUGUAGUGUCCUAGAGACUUGUAAUUCUAAGCAGAUUUGCUUGUGUUGGUCGAAGAACCAUUUUUUAAAAAAUAAAGUGCAGCUGUUUAAUGA